CGCGCACGCCAGUAAACACACAGAAGAAGAAGAACACAACACGCAAUACUUUGUUUGAAUAUGGACGUUAAACAGAAGUUAGUGCUGCAAACUGUUUGCGCAAUGAUUUGCUGUGGAAAAAAACAACGCAAAAGAAAAAACAAAAGAGUAUGGGUGAAGGAGUGGAUCAGCAUACGCGGACAGCAGGGAUUGUCUGUGCUACAGAAAGAAUUGGAGAAUAAUGAUAGGACAGGCUUCAGGGAGUUGCUGCGAAUGACAGCAGAGGAGUUUGAUUUUUUGCUGGGUAGAGUCCAACAUCUAAUAACAAAGCAGAACACCAAGAUGAGACGGGCAAUACCACCUAGAGAGCGUUUGUCUUUGACCCUGCGGUUCUUGGCAACAGGUGAAACGUUCAAGUCCCUCAGGUUCCAGUACAGGAUGGGAACAAGCACCAUUUCACAAAUAGUCUUUGAAACCUGUACUGCUCUGUACCAGGUUAUGAAGGACGAUUUCUUGAAGACACCAUCAACGGAGGGAGAGUGGCGUACAAUAGCCAUGGACUUCGAAAGGAAGUGGCAGUUUCCACAUUGCCUUGGGGCACUUGACGGAAAGCAUAUUUACAUACAGCCUCCAAGAAAAAGUGGCAGUCUUUACCACAACUACAUUCAGGCAGAUGGACCACAGUCAGAGGGUUCUUAA